ACCUAAACGACACUUUGGUUCCAUCCGUGAAGGCAAAAAACCUUUCUGAAUGCCGGAUACAACUCCAGUAGAAGAAGCAAUCAACAGACUGAGAGUUGGCUCACCAUUAAUGCCCACAAAACCAGUUGGACAGAGGAUGUUGGUAACUGAGGAGGACAUUCCAGAAAAGGGAGGUGUAGAGCAAGUUCCUGAAGGGCACGUGAACCAAGCUUUUUCUACUCUGUCAUCCCUAGCAUUAAAUGAGAUUGAUCUAAAGUCUUCUAGUAGUACUAGUAUGAUUACCACCCCUAAUACAGGUCCAAAACCUUCAUUUUCUUCUGCCACACCACUACAAGAGUCUCCUUCAUUGAAUGUGAUGGUGACCGAAUUAGAGUUACCUUGCUUGGAGAACCCUCUAGAUAAUUCAAGCAAAUUGGAGAUAUAGCUUAUUAGACUUUACAAGAAUACCCCAUGUACAGAAGUGAGCUAACUUUUAUCUCAACAAGUGGAUUCCCAAUUAUCCUUGGGUAUCGGAUCCAUUACGGGUAAGAAACACAACAAUGAAUU